UCAAGUUAAGCAGAGGAAAGAUGGCGGAUGCUUCGCCAGGGGACCCGGAAGCACUUACCCUCCACUUCCUCCUCCUGUUUGGCCUCUGUCUCACCUACAGCCGUCCGCUCGCAGACUACCUCCGGGACGCUUCCUGUCCGUAACAUAGACUCACCAUGAUUCUUCAGAGGCUCUUCAGGUUCUCCUCUGUCAUUCGAUCUGCAGUCUCAGUCCAUUUUCGGAGAAACAUUGGUGUGACAGCAGUGGCAUUUAAUAAGGAACUUGAUCCUUUACAGAAACUCUUCGUGGACAAGAUUAGAGAAUACAGAUCUAAGCGACAGACAUCUGGAGGCCCUGUUGAUGCUGGCCCAGAGUAUCAGCAAGACCUGGAUAGGGAGCUUUUUAAGCUUAAGCAAAUGUAUGGUAAAGCAGACAUGAAUACUUUCCCUACCUUCAAAUUUGAAGAUCCCAAAUUUGAAGCCAUCGAGAAACCCCAGGCCUGAAGAAAUAAAGUAAAAUUAAUUUGGCAGUUUGCCUGGAUUAGUUGUACAACUGAUCAGAAGUUUCAGAACAGACAUACAUUUUACAGCUCUCAAGUGUUCUUUUAAUUCUGAUUCCAAAUAAAUUAUUGGGUGGUAUUGAA